AUGUCUGAAUGGCAGCUGUCCUACGACCCUGCCACCUCUUACAGGUCAGGACCCCCUUCAGGAAGCAGUCAGGUGGAAUGGUACCAGACGGGAGGCGCAGACUUCUCAGCCAACAGUGCUGACUACACCUAUGACGCCAUGGGAGGCACCAGCACCUCCGCAACCUAUGGCUCCUUCGAGGACGAGGCCCCUCUCCUAGAGGAGCUGGGGAUCGAUCUGCAGGGCAUCUUGAGGCGCUCCAUUGCCGUGCUGACUCACCGGCUCGGCUCCAAUGUGCUGCUAGAUCUGGACUUGGGGGGCCCGCUCUUCUUUGCUGCCAUCCUGGGCAGCGUGCAUCUCCUGACGGGGAAGCUGCACUUUGGGGUGAUACUUGGCUGGUCGGUGGUGGGCAGCGCAGCGGUCUGGUUUGUAGUGAGUAACCUGGCCGGACCCGGCGGGCACGCGAGCGGGCACGAGUUGGGCACGCCAGGCAUCUACGACUGCUGCUGCCUGCUCGGCUACGGCCUGCUGCCCAUGCUGUUGCAUGCCCUGAUUUCACUCCUCGUCCCCAAGGGGACAGCGACAAUUGCUCUGGCAGUCUUGGCGGUGCUUUGGAGCGGCAUUACAGCGGCCAAGCUUUUCACAAAAAGAUCACCCGUGCUGGAGGACCAUGUGUAUUUGAUAGCCUACCCCUGCCUCCUCAUGUACUCCGCUUUUGCCCUGCUGUCGAUCUAUUAGUGAUGGCAGCGAGGCUCUUGCCUGACUGUGUAGGAUACACGCUGUAGAUAGGCUUUUCAGAUUGAUGCUGUGCGGUGCACCAGAUGAUUGCUGCACGGCCCCAAGGACUGUUGUAAGGAUGUACAUGCAUGAGGCUCAUAUGAGGCUCUACAGGGCACAUAUUCCAGGGCAAUUAUGUAAAUAUGUACCUCUUGCAUGC